CCUGGAGUUUUAUGAAGUACAGGUUUGCUUUACGGAGAAAGGGUAUUCUCAUUUACUACUCCAUGUAACCUUUGAUGUAGUAUGAAUCUGUAUUAAAAAUCAGGAAAUGGAUACGAUCAGGGACCAAACUGGCAAGUGAGGCUGUCAAGAGAACUCUGAUUUGCUUGAGAAAGAAACAGAGAUCUCUCAAUCAGACUGCACAAAACCAACAAAGGAUUUUACGACAUAGUUGGAGAUGUUGGGAGUUACAAACUUUUCUGGUUUUCCGCGAAUUUGAAAGGCAAGUUAAAGAAAAACAAGAGAAUAUUCAAGCAUAAUCUGAGGGUGGCAGAAGGAAGAGAUUCUCUUGAGGAUGAAAUUGGAAACAUUAUCAGUGAAGUUUUGAAAGAGGACAAUGUAUAUAAGAAUAUGCAAGAAUCACAGGAAGUGCACAUGUCCAACCACUUAGAUGAAGUUGUUGCUGCUGUUAGCCUCACUUCUAGAAAGAAGGUCCCAAGCAAGCUGCCUCAGACCGCACUGUUCCAGCCUCCCCUACAAAAACUCCGCCUCUGUGAAGAAAGAGCCAAAUCCUACUCCAGCAGUCAUAAGUACAAACAGGCUAUCCAGCAGCUUGUGCGCUGCAUAGCGUUAGCAAGAAUUUGCUAUGGCGACACGCACUGGAAACUAGUGGAGGCGCAUGUUAAUCUGGCACAAGGCUACCUCCAGCUGAAAGGCCUGUCACUGCAAGCAAAACAACAUACAGAAAAAGCCAAAGAAAUCCUCGCCAUCGCCAUCGAGCCUUCCUAUAACACCACAGAGGUUUUCAUGUGUUCCAUAGAACUUUUCCAAACUAUGGGCACAGCCUUAAUCUCCCUUCAGAAAUUUAAGGACGCCUCAGAGAAUUUGGCAAAAGCAGAGAGACUUGCUAAGGAGCUGCUACAGUGUGGAAGGAUCGGAAAAGAAGAGUGGGUAGAAAUCCAAGCGCGGAUCAUGUUGUCAUUUGCACAGGUGUAUCAAGGUGAAAAGAAGUCAAAAGAAGCUUUGCUCCACUACCAAAAGGCUUUGCAAUAUACUGAGAUGAGCAAAGGUGAAAAAAGUCUCGAGUGUGUACCGGUUUUGAGGGAGAUAGCUGGUGUAGAGCAAGCCCUGGGAUUUCAUAGCACAGCCAUCGAUCAUUUCUUACAGGCUCAUCUCAUCACUCUGAGUAGAAAUCCCUCCCCGGAGGAGGCUGCCGACUCCGCACAUUUUGUCGCCAGGGCUGCUGUCGCUUCUGGGAUGCCUGACCACCAUGAUGUGGCUGAGCAGUAUUUUCAAGAGAGCCUGACUCAUGUUAAAGAAUAUGAAGGAUCAGAAAUAGCCAAAUUUCUUUCCAUUCAAGAUGAAUUUUGCAAUUUUCUACAAAGCACUGGACAAAAAGAAAAAGCUAUCAUGAUCCUGAGAGAGUCCCUGGAAGCCAAAGUGAAAGCAUUUGGUGACUUCAGCCCGGAAGUGGCAGAGACUUACCGGAUCCUGGGUGCGGCUGACUUUGCUCAGGGGAACCACAGUGGGGCAUACAAGAAACUGAGAAAGUUGUCCUGGAGAAAGAUGAUGGUAGCUUGCUCCAAGACAGUGGCCAGGGAAUGCAGCAAAGUCGUGAGGGAGUCGAGGGAUGUCGAUCAGGAUAUAGAACCCACAGCACUUGGCAACAUGGAGGAAAUUAGGGGCAAGAGAGGAGACUCUUCAAUCAUCACAGAGUGUCUUGAGAUCCAGACGCUCUUGUAUGGACCACAAGACAAGAGGACCCUGGCCACCCAACAGAGCAUGGAUAUCCUGUCCAAGACCCCCGAAGUUGCUGCGAAGCCAAGGCAGUCUCUGAAGACCAAAGUGGCAUUCUGCACCAGUGUCCCUCAGCACACUGUGCUAGGGAAGGCCAGGCCCAGUGUGACAGACUGACACCCCCACGCACCCCAAAAUAGCUCUAGGACAGCCAAGGUGCUGCCAUGUAGGGUGCUCUAAAACUAGAAGGUGGAAUUUAACAGUCAUUGUACAGAUUUUAAGGCUAUUUUACUCCAACACGCAACAGUGAUAACCAUGAGUCCACAAGCCACAUUUUUGCCAGUGGAUGCCCUUUCAGAUGUUCUGGUGCUACUGCGACUUUUCCUUUUGCCAGCUAACGGCUUUCCUUGCCAACAAGAAUUUUGAGCCCACCUGCACUGCUGUGGCUGAAACACUUCUCUUCAAAAUCUUGGAGAUUGUCACAGGAAAGUAGACCUGGGAUCCACUUGUGCAUGGAGCCUCUGCACAGACCUAGAGCCGGACUAGGAGCAGUAAGAUUCUGGGCAAAGUCAUUAUUAUAGGAAAGAAGUAGAAAUAAUGGAUAAAAUGAGAAGAAAAUUCUAAUAAAGAGGAAGCUUGUGCUAGUGUCA